AUGGAUAAUAUUACCACAGACAACAAAACAGUUAGCAAUGAUAAUAAUAUUGACUAUUACAACAAUUUUAUCAUUUUCAAUGUUGUUCACCUAAAUCGUGCCCUUUCAACAACGAUUGUCUUCAUUUGGUCUCUUUAUUUUGUUCUUUCCCGAUCUACUCCAACUCAACAAACUCCUGUAAUAAGAUGUAUUAUGAUAAGCUCACGUGGCAUUGGGAUAAUUUUAUUGUUCAUUUCGAUGGCUUUAGAAAUAGUUGCCAACCUGAUAGCAUUUGCAAAUAGUAAUAAUCUUACUAAUCCUUCACUCGACAUAUUAACUGGUGCUCCCUUAAUCAUUACUUUGGUUUUGUGGAAUUCAGCUUUGGCGCUUAAAGCUGUAUCUUUAUUUAUUGCUCUUACACGUUAUGCGCCACUCACAAAAACUCUUUCAAAAGAACCAAUAAUGUCCAAAUUUCAGUAUUCAUGUUGCAAUUCCUUUAACUUUAUUAGUGGUUUGAUAGUAUAUCCCGUACUUUACGUUGUUAUUCUUCUCGCAAAGUCAAAAUGGGAAGCUGCCUUGACUAUGUCUCAACUUUUCUUUAUGCUCCAACUCAUACUUGCUGAAAUAAUGUUUCUUAUACUAAAUAAGCGUAUGAGUAUUGCGUUGGAUGAAGGUUUGCUAAUGGGAAGAAACGCAAUUCAACAAGUGCGGACACUCCGAUCAAGAAAUUGGUUUAUUAUAGCUUUUGUAUUUGCGGAAAUUUGUUCUUUAUCUAUCUAUAACAUUGACCUCUUGACAAGAAAUAUGAUUCGAACAAAUUUUGCUGCUACUGUAUUUAUUUUUGGAAUAAUGUGCAUAAGUUCUGCACUUGUGUAUGGAGCCAUAACCCUCACUUUGUGCCCUGUAUAUCCACAAUCUCCACUUUCUUGUGAAGGAACACCAACAAAUUCCAUAAUAACUCAUAACAUAACAAGUCACAACCAUGCUUUAAAUAAUUUUACUAAUCAGGCUGUUGAUAAAGAUAAAGAAGAUAAUAAUCGAAUGUCUCAAAUUCAACCCUCAACAUCAUCAAGAACUGGUUUUACCUCAUUUCGUCUAAAGUCUUAUUUUCAAAAAUACAAUUAUUCCGAACCAUUAUCCUUUAUAUUUCCAAAACGAUCAUCACAAAUAUCUUUCGAUCAAAAUCAAAUGAAUAGAGACAAUCUUGAAGAUAAUUCUUGUGCUUCUUCGAUCAAUGAAAGUUCGAAUAAAAGAUAUAGCACAAAUAGUGCCAUAAUCAUUAAUAAAAUUGUUGUUCAUAAACAAGAAAGUUUGGAAAAUACUCAGGAAAUCAAAUAUCUUGAAGGUGUUGUCCUGGCUUCUGACAAGUCGCAUAGAUUUUCCAAUAAUAAUUUAUAA